UGCGCGCAGUAUAUGACAGUACGUCAGCAGCGGGAUGGCCGUAGCUGUGGCGGCGGCUGCAGAAGCCCAAGCAGCCGCGGCCGCAGUGGAGGCUAGAGCCCGAGCGGCGUCGGCGUCGGCACCCCGGGGAGUUUAAGAUGGCGGCAGGGGGGGCGGCGGGCCUGCGGGAGGAGCAGCGCUACGGGCUGUCGUGCGGGCGGCUGGGACAAGACAACAUCACCGUACUGCAUGUGAAGCUCACCGAGACGGCGAUCCGGGCGCUCGAGACCUACCAGAGCCACAAGAAUUUAAUUCCUUUUCGACCUUCCAUUCAGUUCCAAGGGCUCCAAGGGCUUGUCAAAAUUCCUAAAAAUGAUCCCCCCAAUGAAGCGCACACCUUUAACUUCUAUUUGUCAAAUGUGGGUAAAGACAACCCUCAGGGCAGCUUUGACUGCAUCCAGCAAACAUUCUCCAGCUCUGGAGCCUCCCAGCUCAAUUGCCUGGGAUUUAUACAAGAUAAAAUUACAGUGUGUGCAACAAACGACUCGUAUCAGAUGACACGAGAAAGAAUGACCCAGGCAGAGGAGGAAUCCCGCAACCGAAGCACAAAAGUUAUCAAACCCGGUGGACCAUAUGUAGGGAAAAGAGUGCAAAUUCGGAAAGCACCUCAAGCUGUUUCAGAUGCAGUACCUGAGAGGAAACGGUCAACCCCCAUGAAUCCUGCAAAUACGAUUCGGAAGACACAUGGCAGCAGCAGUGUUUCUCAGCGGCCAUACAGGGACAGAGUGAUUCACCUACUGGCACUGAAGGCCUAUAAGAAACCUGAGCUGCUGGCUCGACUGCAGAAAGAUGGUGUCAAUCAAAAAGACAAGAACUCCCUCGGAGCAAUUCUACAACAGGUAGCCAAUCUGAAUCCAAAGGACCUCUCAUAUACCCUAAAGGAUUAUGUUUUUAAAGAACUUCAGAGAGACUGGCCUGGAUACAAUGAAGUAGACAGACGGUCAUUAGAGUCUGUGCUCUCAAGAAAACUAAAUCCAUCUCAGAACGCUGCCAGCACCAGCCGUUCAGAAUCUCCCGUAUGUUCUAAUAGAGAUGCUGCAUCUUCUCCUCAGAAACGGCUUUUAGAUUCAGAUUUCAUUGAUCCCUUAAUGAAUAAAAAAGCUCGAAUAUCUCACCUGACAAACCGAGUGCCGCCAACAUUAAAUGGCCAUUUGAAUCCCCCCAGUGAGAAAUCUGCCGCUGGCCUCCUGCCGCCCCCUGCAGCCGCUGCCAUCCCUACCCCUCCACCGCUUCCUCCAACCCACCUGCCCGUCUCCAAUCCUCCUCAGACUGUAAACUCUAACUCCAAUUCCCCCAGCACUCCAGAAGGCCGGGGGACUCAAGACCUACCUGUUGACAGUUUUAGUCAAAACAGUAGUAUCUAUGAGGACCAGCAAGAUAAAUAUACCUCUAGGACUUCUCUGGAAACCUUACCCCCUGGUUCAGUUCUACUAAAGUGUCCAAAGCCUAUGGAAGAAAACCAUUCAGUGUCUCACAAAAAGUCCAAAAAGAAGUCUAAAAAACACAAGGAGAAGGACCAAAUUAAAAAGCACGACAUUGAGAUGACAGAAGAAAAGGAAGAGGACCUUAAAAGAGAAGAGGAAAUUGCCAAGCUGAGCAACUCCAGUCCAGAUUCCAAUGAAGGAGUUAAAGAGGGUUGCACUGCCUCCACGGAGCCUUCUUCAACAAUUGAACUCCCAGAUUAUUUGAUAAAAUAUAUUGCUAUCGUCUCCUAUGAGCAACGCCAAAAUUACAAGGAUGACUUCAAUGCUGAGUAUGAUGAGUACAGGGCCUUGCAUGCCAGGAUGGAGACUGUAGCUAGAAGAUUUAUCAAACUAGAUGCACAACGAAAACGGCUUUCUCCAGGCUCAAAAGAGUAUCAGGUAAACAUGUUUGCUCCUAGAUAGGCUGACUUCCAUAUUUUACCCUCUUUGUUCUCUGCCUGGCCCAUCCCCAGGCACCCUACUGGCCUUCAGAGCAGGUCUUCUGGCAAACCAGCCUCUCUGCAGCUUUUGGUCUUCAUUUAAAAUUAGCUAGGAGGGG